GUACGCGAUGUGGUCUUUUUCGUUCCUUAUGUCAUCCCGUAUCUCUUACGUCUUUUUACGACUCGCGUAGAUUCACACAAUAUUUCGCAACAUUGUGGAUUUAGUUCGCUCUUCUACUAUGACAUCUCAUUUGAUGUCACGCGUCCCCGUUUCCGGCCGGCUAGGCUAGGGCUCGCGACGACGAAGCUGCCGAGUGACGACGCAAAGUACUGCGAAAAGAUCAACAACGGCGAUUCGGAUGGGAAAUUCGAUCGGCCGUCCUCGUUCAGGCGAUUGCAAAUUAUCUUGGGAGACGAGUUUCACUAGGAGCCGGUGAUCAUGGUGAACGCGGGCAGCGUUGUGGCGCACUUCGUGAAACUGCUGGUGACCACGAUAUGCAUGGGGCAUCUCGCCGAGCCUUAUCGGGCGAAGGCCCAGCCGACUACAUGGUCGCUGCGUGCCUUUCGUAUCCUCUUCAUGCACUCGAUUCUGGGGAUCUUCAGAUACGGAGUGCCGUUCACUUCGUCGUCGACAGCUACAGCGAGAUUCUUCCGGAGCUUUUACGAUUGGUUCUCCAAUGUCAUCGAAAUUGUUCCUCUGGCACUGCUGACGUCCGGCAUACUGAGCGCAUAUCAGAUAGAUGAAAGGAUUCGUAUGCUAUUACUGUUCUUUGGUAUAGUGCCGGUGUUCUUUCCACUCGCGACAAAAGGGAAGGGCAGCCGAGUCAAGCUCCAUUUUCUCACUAAUAUCACUAUCACGCUGCAGAUACUGGCGAUAAUGAUACUCGGCCUGCAAAACGGCAAUUACAAUGUCAUUAGUUUGGUUGCUUCCUAUACGUUCGAGCGUUUCUUCGUGGAAGAGUUUUGUUAUCGUUAUAGCAUACCGUACACUGAUUUGAUGCAAUAUUGCAUAUGCUUUGUCGAGGUGUUCACAGUGUCAACGCUGAACGAGUUGUAAGAUGCCUAGGACUGCCACUAUGCGGUUCAGCUAUCAUUAUUGCCCAUUUCCAACUGUCGUCAUCUAAAAUUCAACAAAUUAUUUAGUUCACCAAACAAAGAACGUCAAUUCACGAAGUGGUAAAGAUUUUACGCCGGUUAUAAUAAUCUUACAACAAUUGUUCGAUAAUAGAUGUUAUAAUACGUAACAAUAGCGUUAUUUUGUUAUCAAUUUGCAAGUUAGCUCGCCAACUUGCUGCGUAAGUCGGAGUGAAUAAUUGUGCUAAAUCUUUAUACAAAUACAUGUCACGUCUCAGAAAGAACUGCCGAUUUUUUAAAAGUAUAAAUUACAAUUUGUAAUAUAACAAGAUUUGGUAUGCCACAUUUUUUAUUCCAUUUCAUAUUCUGAUAUUAAAAAGAACAGUUUCUCUCUUUUUUGAUAACUGUAUGCUUAACACACUCCGUAUGAUCCAACUAAAUCCUUUUGGAUUUAUCAGACACUCUUUUUUGUAAGGUAGACGAGAUGUCUGUUCUAAUUGUUACUUAAUAUUUUUAUCUAGAUUGCCAAUCUAAAGAAAAUAUUUAAUCUUCGGCCUACUUUAGUGCUACGAAUACGUACAUAUACAAAAAUGGCCAUAAAAUAUGAUCUUAUAAGUAAUAGCGGUUUAUUCCGACUUUGCUAUUUAAUAUGUAAAACCGUUUGUUAUCUGACAGGUUUAUCGUCUGUACAAGCGCGGCAGACAUGUUUUAUAACGCAUUGUUAGAAUUCUUAAGAAAAUUAUCUAAUCUAAUGAUGGGUAACGACGUCAUCAAAGCACAAAUUUUCUGAGAGGGGAUCACUCUCUCUGCGUAUCCGAUACUAAGAUUUACGUACUACAAUUUAUCUGUGGUUGUAUCAGGAUAUUUUUCCUAUAAUAUUUUGAUAUGUAAUGUACGGUGAUCAUUUUUCCACAAGAUUUUGCUACAAAUUUAUCAAAGAUGUAUCACCUUCCGAGAUAUUAAAUUUUUCCUACAAAAACUUUA